AUGGCCGACACACCUGUCCAGGAGCCAUCUGCCCAGGAACUGUCCUCCAGCAGUGGGCAGACGUUACCCUCCCGACCCUUCCAGCCCAUCUCUGAUCCCUCAGCUUCUAAAAGAGUAUGUUUCUACAAAAGCGGUGACUAUAAAUUCAGUGGGCAUCGCAUGGUCAUCAAUGCCCGCACCUUCAAGACAUUUGAUGCUCUACUGGACGCUCUGUCCAAGAAAGUGCCUCUGCCAUUUGGAGUGAGGACCAUCACCACACCACGCGGGAUUCACCUAGUUAAGGCUUUAGAUGACUUGCAUGAUGGGGGAUCAUAUGUGUGCUCUGAUCAGAAACGGGUGAAGCCAUUAAACCUGGAUGAAGUGAACCGGCGGCAGGUACCGUGGAAUACCACCAGACCCCUCAGUGCAGCACGACGAAGACGACAGGGACUCCAGUUUGGCAGAAGGAGUGAAGCUGUCACCAACAGGCCAGCCAGGGUCUCUGAGAGGGUGGCAGUACGGACACCAAAGAGGCUCGUGGUGGUCAAGAAUAGGGAUCCCACUGUAAAACGCACCAUUGUGUUGCAGAGAAGAACAGCACCAACAUUUGACGCUUUAUUGGACUACCUUUCUCAGAUUCUGCAGUUCCCAGUGCUGAAACUCUUCUCGACAGAUGGCAGAAGAGUUGAUGGUCUUGCAGGACUUAUCCUUUGCUCUGGAGUUGUUGUGGCAGCGGGCAAUGAGCCAUUCCGAUUAGGAAAAUACAGUUUUCAAGGAGUGGGCCAGAUGGCACAAGUGAUGUACGUAGAUAGUGCGGAACCAUCCAUGUUACAGCCCAGAACUCAGAACAACAAAUCUUUCUCAAGUGGAAGAGGCUCGAGGAAUUUUUCUUUAUCAUCAGAGAGAUAUAUCGUCAACCGGAUAAACAAGUCUAGAAAUGUGAGCAUGAACGGACCCCUUCAUCACCACAAUGGAUCAUUUGAGACAGAUGUCAACCACCGUCACACGUCUGUGGAGACGUAUGGAAGUGGGCGAGUGGAUAACGAGCAUCCAGCUAGCCGCGUACCUCGCGACGAUGACAUUGAAAAGUCUUUCCGUGUAAAUCAAGACGGCAGCAUGACUGUGGAGAUGAAAGUUCACCUGACCAUUAGAGAGGAGGAGAUGCUCCACUGGACUACCACACUCAGCCGCUCCAGCCUUAGUAAGGGGACAAUUUGUGCCUCAAUUUCAGAGUCAGGAAACAGCUCGCCUGACUCAAACAAUGCCUUUGCCAAAGACUCUUCGAGCAUGAGUGAUGAUGAAAUGAAAGAGGAGAACCAUCCUGCUGGAGCAAGAACCUUGGGAAAAACCGGUUUCAAACGCACUCCAACACCGGGUCCUCGGCAUGUUACGAAGAAGGCAUCUGUUGAGAGCGUGAAGACGGUGACGGAGUCAGGGGUUCAGGAGAACACCCUUGGACAUUAUUCCUACAUGGAGAGGACGGCUGAUGGCGAGACGACUGAGGGAUACUGCAUUCUCAGACACAGCAGCAACACCAACAGGCCAAUCCCUAAACCUCGAAAAACGGCUUCUGCCGGGGCAAGGCAAGGCUCACACUCCUCCCUCAUGUCCUCAGGAGGAGCAGAGGUCCUUCAAAUACAGAAUAAUGGGACGGAGGUUAGAGAGACUGUCAUGCAUAUUUAUGAGAGUCAAGGAUGCUACGACAACUAUGUUGCAAAUGAGGAAUAUGGUGCAGAUGGUGCACCUUUGAAUGGCUCCACUCCAGCAGCAGAAAGCAAACCGUUCCCUGACUCAGAGCGGGGUUCAUCCAGCAAUGAUAGUGAUAUCGAUUUUAGCUGGCAGCCACCCACUAAUGGCUCACUCCAAAGACAGAAAGAGGAGAUGUUAUCAUUGUCAUCAGAGCCAAUAACUCCAACAAAUGAGGUUACUCCAACAAGCUCACAAAUACAGGAGACGAAAAGAAAAGGCAAACGUCCCAACGGUGAGACGAAGAAAAAGAUGGAUAAACCUUCACGGAAUCAGAAAAGUUCAACUUCCACAAGCAGCUUAGAUAAAAAGCAAAAGGAUAGAAUAGUUAGCCCCUCCAAAAAUAGCAAACAUUCAUCUACAGACAAAAUCAGCAGCAAUGCCAGUGUGGGAAAAAAGAGUUCAUCAGAAAGUGCUAAAAGUGUUCAAAAGAAUAGAGGAGCCAUUAAAAUCAAGAAAGUGAGUAAGGAUGAAAAGACAGCCAGCAAAGGGCAAGCCUUAUUAGUUGACACUGAAAAUGUAAGGAAGACUCCACCUAAGAGACAAAACAUGAGUAAAACAGCUGGUAGAGAAAAUGGCCAUAAUGUAAAUACACCAACUGUUAGGCCUCAAAUGAGAAAGAACAUAUCAGACAUUUUACAACCCAAAAAAUCACUUUUGCCUGGCAAAAAGACAAUUAGCAAGCCCAAAUCCAUGAUAGAAAACAGAACCCCAUCACCUAAAAAGUCUUCAGAGUUGAGUGAGAGUUUGUCGAUGCCUUCUCUCAACCCUUCACCUGCUCAAAUCCAUCAAUAUGUUGAGAACUGGUUGGAGAAAGUCAGUCCAGACCCGGUGCCAUACACCGAGGACGCCAUCACAGAGGAAUCUGAGUCUCAGACGAAAGUCGUAUUUCAGAUCGGUGGUGAUACAGAAUCAAAUGAAAAGAGCGACGGCCCUCAUUCAUCACCUGAAGAUGCUAUCAAGAAAUCACCUUCUUGUCUAACAGUACCUCAUUUUCAGGAAGCUACAACUCUGGUGCACAAUGAACAGUAUGAGAGAGGUCUAUGUGCUUCAAUGCCGAGUGUCAGAGUCGAUGCUGUGCACCAGGAGAACAGGCUGAGGCCACAUAAAUCCGCCUUGGCCCUUAGACUGGAUGACAACGAAUCACCUUCAUCUACAUCCAAUGUUUUGGAUACGAGAGAAAAUAUUAAACCUAUCCUGCGGGAACUUUAUUCAUCGAUUCACUGCAUCAGAAGUGCAUCUGAAAUUGACACGACAGCCAACCUGGAGAAGUCCAAUAGCCUUCCUGAUUUCUCCCAACAAGUGGCGUUAGUGUUUGGCUCGUCAUGUAAAGCCUUCAUGUCAUUCUUAUCUGUGAUGACUCUGCGAGAUCACCUAACGGGAUCUGUGCCAGCGGAAGUCAACCCAUCAAGAAGCUCCUCCGAGGCCAUGCUGAUGAUGGGAUCCCUCCAGAAAAUUUCUGCCAUUGAGGAUGAGGAGGAGUUGAGGGCAAGUUUGACGGAUCUGCAGAGCAGAGCAUCUUCUCAGUUUAGAGAACGCUGGAGGGACUUCCAGGUCAUGAGAGAAAGGCUCGAAAGUGAACCGCUGUCUCCCAGAAUUUCAGAAACAGAAUUCGCCCUGGAUGUUGUCUCUGAAGUGGGGGAUGCAUUUGACGAUAUUGACGAGCUGAUGGAUGAGCUAAAUAUGCCGCCAGACCUCAGAGCAGAAAUUUCUUUAGUACUCCAACAAGCGAAAACUUUUUAUCCUGUAGAUGAGAGCACUUUUGUAGAGACUGAAAUAAAUCAGUCGGACACGGAGGAAGACGUGGAAAAAUUUGUUGAAGAAUGCACCGAUGACACAAAACAAUCACCAGAGCCCGAUACGAUCUCCACAGCUGAGGACAUUAAUCAGACAAAACAGGGUGAUGAAAAUGGAGAGACAGAUAACAUAAAAGAAAUACAAUCUGUGCAUUCUGAUCAGGCCAAGAUGAUGACAGAGUCAGAGCAAGAACCUGAUAAAGAAUCACAAAUAUCACAGACAGAAAGAGCUGAGCCCUUAACAGAGGAAGAGAAGGAGGAAGAGGAACAAGUAGAGGAGGAUGGAGGGGGUGUGAAUGAUACAGAGGAUGGACAUACACAAGAAGUAGAUGAUGAUGAUGAUGAUGAUGCUGUAGAGAGGGAACAGGGAGAAAGGGAAAGAGAGGAAGAGGCUGAAGAAGAGGCAGAGACAGAAGAACAAAUGGAUGACAUGGGUCAGGAGGAAGCAGAAGUUGAAAAAGGAAAUACAGAGAAGGAAGAACCUCUUCAGGACAUAGAGGAAGGGACAGAUGACGAGAUGACAGGGGAAGAGAAGGAAGAGGGGGAGAAAUCAGAAGAAGUAGAGGAGGAGUUAACGGAUCAGGAAGUUCAAGGUGCAAGAGAGGAUGGCAGUGUUGAAGAGACAGAUGAGAGAGAGGGUGCUGAGGGGACAGAGGAGGAAGAGAGAGGGGAGGAUGAGGAGGCAGAUGAGGAAGGAAAGGGGGAGGAACUGGGAACUGAGGAAGAGGAAGAGGAUGAAGAGGGAAACAAGGUUAUUGGGGAGACAAAUGAAGGAGAGGAAGUUGUAAAUAUUGAAGUGGAGGAGGAAGAGGAAGACGCAGAUGAAGAGGAGGAGGAGGAGGAGGACGAGGAGAACGACGAAGAAAAAGAGGCAGAUGAAGAAGGGGAAGUAGAAAAUGUCAUUGAAGAAGUGGAGGAGGAGGAAGAGCAGGAAGAAGAAGCAGAUGUUGAGGAGGAACCAGAGGAAGGUGGCGAGGUUAUUGAAGAGGAAAGCAAUGAGGAAGAGGAAGUUAAUGAAGUUAGUGAGGAUAAAGAUGAGGAUGAAGAUGUAGAAAAUGAAGAGGAGAAACCUGAGGUGGUAACUGUGGAAAACAAUGAGGAGGAAGAGGAGGAGGAAGAGGUGGAGAAAGAUGGCAGGAACGUUGAGGUUAUAGAUAUAGAAGAAAGGGGGGUUACAGAUGAGGAAGAGGAAGAGGAAGACAUUUACAAGAGUAUUAAAGAGGAAGAAAAGUGCAGCGAGGGUGAGGAGAGCAGGAAAGAGCUGGAGAGAACAGGAAACAAUCUUGAGAAAGAAUCAGAAGAAGAAGAAGAAGAAGAAGAAGAAGAAGGUGUAGAGGAGAUAAAAGAACAUAUGGAAACAGAGCAAAGGCAGGAUGAAGAGGAGAGGGAAAAUGAUGAGGAGGAUGAGAGUUUAGAUGAGGUGGAAGAACCAAAGGAAGGAGAAAAUGCCAGUGAUGAUGCAGACAGUACUCCUGGUGGUAAACAUCUACUAGAGGAGGCCUCGUAUCUGCAGCAGCAGAGCAGCUGUGAUGAAGCAGGCGUAGACGCAAAGGAAGCAGAACACAAGAGUGAAUCAUCAGCCAAAUAUUCCUCUGAGGGUCAGUGUGAGGAUGAUAAAGGGAACGGUACCGACUCUGUUAAUGAACUGGAGACAGAUGAGGGAGGGGAGACUCGUGAGACAGGCAGCAGCAGCGUACAACACCCAGUGGAAAUAUCACAGGAAUUGCUUGACUUUGUUAACUCUGCCCUGCAGUCUUCAUCGCUCAUAUUCACAUAUGACGAUCGGGGGAACAUCAGGAUAGAGCCAGAUAACAUUAGAGUCACACCAGCUACAAAAACUGUUAUUCCAAAAAGUAGAAAGGAUAAUUCAUAUGGCUUAAAGCGCCUCCCGAGUCCGUGCACCUCAGAUUUGUCUGAUUACAGACCAGAAACAUCAGAGAGUGGUGGGUAUAAAACUCAGGACUCUGUAGAUAUUGUUUCAGAUAGUGGAGAAGAGGCUUCUCCAUUCAGACGUAAGAUUAAUAUCCCUAACGGCACAACAACUGCGGAGGACGCUAGCUCCAAACUGUCUGCUGUAAGUAAUACAGAUCUUUUCCAAAGCCCCCAAUUAAAAAAUGAUGGGAGUUUCUCUUCUUGUGACUCAGGCACUAAAGCCUCAAAGGAGGAUCUGUCUUAUUUCAGUGCUGCAAGCUCACUAAAGGCAGAGGCUGAACCGGUCACAGAGGCCACGCAGUGCAAUGCUUUCACCCCAGAGAAAGACUUAGUUGAUGGGGUUUUGAUCGACCAAGGCAGAUGGCUGCUCAAGGAGAAUCACCUCAUCAGAAAAUCUCCUCCAGUCUCCCAGGGAAUGUACGACCAAUUGGAUAGCACCUCUUUAGACACAGGUCAGGACAACACAAGCUUGGAUUCCCCGACGCACUGCAAAGCCCAGCCGAGUCCUCUUGCAGCCAUAUCCUCAUCAGAGCUCGAGGAGAUGGCAAAGCCUCAAACUCCAAAGUGCAACUUCUUCAACAUGUCACACGGAAGUGAUUCUGACCCCUUUUUAGAUGAUUUAAGUGUCAAAAGUGGGAAAAAAGACGCCAGCAUUGUCAAAGGGAGAGGCGUCAGGGUGUCACCUACGAUUGAUACUUCCAAAACCUGGGCAAGUAAAAAUGGUAGUAUGUCUUCUUUUGCAUCAGUUGAGUUUAAAAUACCAGACAGAAAAGUGCAUCCUGAAGGGGAGUCCUCAGCUGUGGCAAGGGCAAGAAGGACAUCUAGUGGAGGAGGGGGUGUAGUGCAGGCACAAGACUCCCUUGAAACACUACAUGUGAGAUGUGGUCCAUACUGUCCCAUAUUAUAA